GGGUGGCUCCCUGUCACUGCUGGCUCCCGGAAAAAGCCAGCGGUGAUUGGUGGGUCUGUUGGGGCUCCACUCCUCAGCAAGAUGGCUGCAUUGCUGCGCGCAAAUAGUGGCAUCCUGGUGAAAUGACGCAAGCCACAGUUUACGCUCCGUCCUCGCCGCUCUGCGCUCUCCAGUAUCCAUAGCGCAGAUCCCGCCCGACACACACGGAAGAAGACCGAGCGAGGGGCGAUCCUCCGGUGGACCGAGCCGCACCGGUUCCUCUGAGUGAGAGUGCGAUGAGGAGAGGAUUCAGAGUGUGAGGCCAUGGGCUGCACCUCGGCCAAGCAGGUGUCGGCCGUGCCCAACGAUGAGGAGGGACGCGGCAAGGCCUACAGCAACGGAGACCUCUUCACCGAUGAAUACAAGAUGAAGGGAGUGGAGGAGGUGAAGUACAUGAGAGGGGAUGAAAACCGAGUGAACGCACGCAACCAGGAAAACCUGGAGAAGAGUAAUGCGCAAUUCAGGGGGAAACAGAAGGAGGUCGCUGCGGCAAACAUCAAGUCGAAUAUUCACACGUCAGAGAGCCAGCAGGAAUUUUUCAGGAUGCUGGAUGAGAAGAUUGAGAAGGGGCGAGACUACUGUUCGGAGGAAGAGGAGGAGGAAGAUGGGACAUAGCACACAGGCCCCCGUAAAGUCACCCCCACAGAGAGCCUCACUGUGUGAAUGUGUGUGUGUUGACGUGCGUGUUUAUGUGUGCCUGAGUGAAGAAAUCAGUGUUUUAACCGACGGGGCGUUGAUGCGACUGGACUCUCUGUGUGGCAAAGAUUUAAAUGGAAGUGAAAGAGUGGAGGAUGCUUGAGAUAGAGAAAGAGAGAGAGAAUGGAAUAUAAGAGAACUUUUCUUCAGAGACUACAGCCCUCCUCUCUUUAGCGCCUCACCCCCCUUCAGGCCCCUGAGCGGACAGAUCGAGGUGGCGGAGCGAUGAAGGGACGGACAGAUGAAAGGACACGAUGACGGAUGGGCGCACAUCGCCGAGAACGGAGGGGAAGGACUCGCCGCGGUCGGGGUCAAACAGAGCCGCUUCCUCGGGCAAAAUCUCACGAAAACCUCCAUCUGUCCCUCCCUUUCUGUCCCGCCGAAUAUUUAACCCCUGCAAUUAAAGGAGCUCCAAAAACACAAAAGGACUGGGAGAGACACAAGCAGAGAAAAAAAACUGGAGACAGAGGAGUUAUGUAACACCGCCAGGACCCACACUGAACUUUUUUGGCCUACUGUCAGGCUGGACGAACCGAGGGUGAAGGAGGGUGAGAGGGCAAGAAAGGAAGGAGGGAAAUUUGGGAUAUUUUAAUAAGAUAGAGUUAAAGGAGCGAGCUGGUGGUUUAGAAAACUCUAAACUCCUGCCUUCUGAAGUCAAGGACCUUUAUUUUUUUAAAAUUUUUAAUUCUGUUCUGCAGCCACUUGUUCAGUUAAAUGUUCCCUUUUCUCUUCAGUUUGUUUUACUCUUGGCUUCCAUCGUAGUGUAUCACCAUCAUCGGUCAUUAUCGUCCUCAUCACCACGGCAGGCGGAUUGAAGCUGCGUAAUUCAGAGCGUCUGUGUCUCGACCCGAUCCAUCCCCCUUCAUUUAUCGAAACAUUGCAGCUUACACACACACACACACACACACACACACACACACACACACACACACACACACACACACACACACACACACACACACACACACACACGUCUGGUUCUUAUAUCCCCGUGGGGACUUACCAUUGACUCCCAUUCAUACCUAACCUCAUUUUUGGUCCCCACCGAGAUAGCGUGGAGUCAGGUCAAAGUCCCCAUCGGUAUAGAUAAACGCGUACGUACAAAUCGCACACACAUUAUCGGAUCGUCUUCAUUUCACCAGCAGCAGACUAUCAUGUGCAUCAAUCGGAGGUUUUUCCAAACACAGUCAUAAAAACAAGCUCAUUUCUGCUUUGGUUCAGUGUUCGUGCACACACACACACACACACACACACUGGCACUGAAGCAGCAAACUGGGCUGAGCUCAAGGGGGGGGGGGGGUGCGUGGUUGCCGUGGAGACACAGACCUGAUCACUUUAGUUUUUUUUUCUGUUGUUGUCGUUGUCAUCUUUACUGGAUACUUCCUGUUGUAUUAUUUUGAAUACUUUUUUUCUAUUAAAAAUAAAAACGCAGAAGCUCUGAA